AUGCAGAGCUACAGGCCAGUGAACGCACUCUCUAUGUGCGCAGCAGUGUUGGCACUAAGUGGCGGAGAAACCCACGGGUUUAUGGUGGGAAGAAGGGCAUCUUAUCAAGGCUCUCAGCCCAUGGAGAUGCCGCGCAAAGAAGCAGUUUCCCAAGCAACCUCUCUGUCGCCGUACGACGCAGACGAAGGCAGCAUGCAGCUGCAGCCUCCGAUCUUUGACAGUCAGGAAAGCUCCUUCGUCGAGGCUUCUGGAGACGAAGACAGCGACGACAGCGACGAUGACGACGACGAGAAAGACGAGGACAAGGGAAAAGGAAAAGAAGAGAAAAAAGAAGAAGAAAAAGCCGAAGGCCACGGAGGCGGCCACCCUCCAGGAGGCCACCCCAAGCCCGAAGGCGCAGGCAAAGGCAAGGAGGAGGCGGGCAAAGGAGAGGGAGGAGAAGCCCAUGAACACGAGAAGGAGGGAGGCGGGCCGAAGGGCCACAAAGAGAAGAAAGGGGGAGAAGAAGAGGAAAAAAAAGAAAAGAAAAGGGGACUGCAACAUCCACAUUCCGAAAACCUCCUCACCAGCCCUGAAGAGCAGUCCAAGUUCAUAAGAACUUCCUUCGAAAAGGCAACUUCCCAAAGCUACAAGGCAAUGAAGAAACUAGUGAAGGUGAUGGAUUUCCUGAACGGGGUGGUUGCUCUUUUGAACCAAAUUAUUCAACUAGCGCCCCCCAGCGCGCCCUUCUCCGACACAGUAAUGUUAGAAUCUGGGGGAAAGAAGUUGUCGCUGAGGGCGCUUCUUGAUGAAGCCACUGGAGUGCGCAAUAGUGUAGACAAUCUCUUCACAACUUUGCUGUCGGCGAAGCACUUCAUCAUCGGCAGCAUCAACCGCGCCAUUCCCGCCAGGCCAGUGGCUCCUCCAGGCAAAUAA